AUGCAAAUAACGUGUGUGUUCAAGGGGGAAGGUGCAAAUCUUCGGUUUUACCCUGAACAAAUAACUAGAAUUGUUGGAGGUAAAGAUGCACCUGAUGGUGGAAUACCAUAUCAGGUUUCGUUGAGGAGUAUAUAUGGGUCACAUUUUUGUGGAGGCUCAAUUUUAGAUGAAAGGUGGAUUUUGACAGCUGCUCACUGUACUGUUGGUUCAUCAACACGCAGCGUGAAAGUUGUGGUCGGUACAAACAGUCUUGUCGAUGGUGGAGAGAAAUACUCGGUGGACAAAAUUAUUGUCCACGAAGGCUAUGAUGGUGGUUUGAUCUUCAACGACAUUAGUCUCGUAAAGGUCACGAAGGAUAUCGUGUUCGGUGACAGAGUAAAGCCUAUAUCACUUCCGGAAUUGAAUACAAACGCUGACGCAGAACUACUUUUAACGGGAUGGGGAAGAUUAUCUUAUCCAGGUAAUUUGCCCGAUGCUCUACAAAUGAUUAAUGUAACAGCCUUGAGUGUGGAUGAAUGCCAGAGCCUAUUUAGUGGGAUUAAUCCUGUAUUUGAUUCCCAAAUUUGCUCUCUAACAAAAGCGGGAGAAGGAGCGUGUCACGGUGAUUCUGGAGGUCCUCUGGUUGAGGAUGAUCGGGUCGUGGGCAUCGUCUCCUGGGGCAUGCCAUGUGCCAGGGGAUACCCUGAUGUCUACACUAGGGUUUACUCUUUCCUUGAAUGGAUACAGGCCAAUAUAAAUGAUGAAGAAAAUGAGAAGUCAAAGACAAAAUAA